UAGUCUGGUGCCAGCUAAUGUUGUAAUGCCUAUACAAACAGAUGAGUGGUUCCAGACGUACAGAUAGGGAGUUUUCGCGGAUUUACGAUUUCGGCGGUGAAUUUCUGACAAUUUUACGGUCAUUUUUCAAGGAACUUCCAAUUGUCAUUGACUGGACUUAGUUUCUUCAGAAUUUCUGAUGACUAGCUAAGAUGGGACGGAUCUUCUUGGAUCACAUGGGAGGCACACGCCUCUUCUCUUGUGCCAACUGCGACAGCAAUCUCACCAACCGGAGGGAGCUCAUCUCAACGCGUUUCACUGGUUCCACUGGCCGGGCGUACCUCUUCAACAAGGUGGUCAACCUGUCGUACAGCGACGUGCAGGACCGCAUGAUGAUCACAGGACGGCACAUGGUUCGCGACGUUUUCUGCAAAAACUGUGACACCAAGCUGGGCUGGAUGUAUGAGUUUGCAACAGAGGACAACCAGCGGUACAAAGAGGGACGCAUUAUCCUGGAGAGAGCGCUCAUCAUCGAAAGUGACGGCUUUGAGGAACGCGGUGUUGAUGGGAAUAACUAGAUUUCAAAAUGAUUUACUUUAAUAUCUGUGCACAGCUAAGGUUAAAGCGUCACAGAGCCAGCAGAAUAUCGUACAGAUUUACCUCAUCUCCUUACCUCUACAUCUCAUUCUGUGACAUGUCAAAUAGAAAGUCAUCAUUUUAUUCCAGUUGGUAAAAGAAUUACCAACAUCUGCCUGUAUACUGUACUGUUUUAAACAGAGCUGAGCAAAAAGCGCUCUCAGAAUUAUUCAGAUUUUUUUCCCAAAAUGUCAAACAUUAGUCUGAGCUCAACAAUGCGGCACGUCUGAUUUUUUCCUUGUGAGGAUGUGAAAUUUGUUGUUCUGUCUGCAGCUACCUGUAGGCAUUGCAGUGUCAAGUCUGUAAAAAACUUGACAUUUUUCCAAAAUUUUAGCCGGCGAUGAACAGUUCCACAGAAGAACAGAUGCGUACAAAUCAGCCAGUUUGGUAUUUCAAAAAGGCAAGGUCAAAGAAAACGUGAUGUCGUGCCAGGCGCAUCAUAUGGCUUGAUGAACGGCCAUGCUGAUAGGACCCCCCUUCCUGCAUGGAUAUCAAUGUUCUUGAAUGUUGACCUACAUGUACGGCACUCUUCAUUUGGAGCAUGCACUGUUGGAAUAUCAAACAGGCUCAUUGUGCCCUGUUGUAUACUCUAUAGUAGUAAAACAUAGCAUCCUUUCAGGGAGCUAUUUCAUAUUAAGUAUGUGCUCAGGCCCCAAAACUCUUGUGCUUUGACUUCCCAACGUAUCGCUUUGAUGGUGCAACCCUCAUAUUUUUGGGGGGGGGAGGGAAGGGAGGAAGGAGAGGAUUGUGCAAAUUAAGAGCAAUUUCAUGAAAUUUACGCACUAGAUCUAAGACUUACGCAACAAAUUAUGGCAUAACUGACGCUGUCAUUUUAGGUGGUGUAAGUUGCCCAAACGAAGCAAAAAUGAACCAUUUGACUAGCUUAUCUUUUUUGGUUAAGCCUCAUCAUUGCUGAACUUAAUGAGGCUUAUAUGAGAAAUGUACAACUUUGUUGUAGAAGUUAAUGAAAAACUUGUUUGGCUGUGAGAGAACAGCAAGAUUUUCUGUCCAGUUCCAAUGAAGAAAAGACAAAAACUUUUUCAAAAUGUCAGGUGGAGGUGAUUAAAUGACUGUUUGAUGACUAUUGUUAUAUUGGAAAUGAACAGCUGUCUUUUGUUCUCGUCCAAGAAAUGAAAUAUUAUUGAACAUGGCACAGCUAUGCAACUUUUGUGAAAUCGAACAUAAGUAUUUUGCAUAGCUAUGGCAAAGAUUUGUGGCGCAAGGCUUACACAUGGUUCAAACUUAAGACAUGUUUCAGGAAAUCAGCUGCAGGAAUAUCCCAUGGCAUUUUAAUGACCUCAGUUGGUAACCUGAGUUUGAUCAUCUCUGCUGACUAAAAUGUCCAUUCUUACUACUAGCUCCAAGAAAUCGUCCCCAGUUGCAGAUGAAAUACAUAUACUUUAUCAUAACUUCAAAAAAUUAAACACAUUAAAUUCUCUUUCUCACAAUUCAUGUCCACUGGUUCAUGUACAAAAAUGAAGUGGUUUUUGAAAAAGUUGCAACAGAGAAUGCUGAAAUGUUAAAGUACAUGUACGUAGCCAGUAGUACAUGAUCAGCAAAGUUAAACCAACUGGAACAUUUGAUCCUAACCCCUGUCGGUGAAUCAUAUACAUGUAUGUAAAAUCAAACUGAAAUUGGGACAUUAAAAAGUAUUAGGUUGAUGGAAACCUGAUGUUAUUACCAUAAUGAGUGCCAGUUCAAGAGCCAUAUCUUCAAACUGUAAAUAUACUGUAAAUAUUUUCGAAAAAUGCAAAAGCAUAUGUGAGGCAUUGUAUUUUAUGGCAGGGGUUGGCAUUCGAUGGAUACUUACAGAAAAAGAGUUGCAAAAAGGAUUUGCUCCUUCAUGUAGAUCUAUUUUAGAGGAAUUUCAAAUUUUUGUACAUGUAGGAUUAUUUGGGUUUUGGUUUUCUUUGUUCACAAUGUAAAUGUGAAGCCAUACAUGUUUGUUUAGGGGUAAAUUGUUCUUCAAUCAGGAAAAACCUGAUUAUCCUGUCCCUUUGCAAUUUGCUGGGAAUAUUCCUGAAGCCAUCAAAAUGCUACAAAACAGUGGUGUGAGUUUGAUGGAUCAGUGGGCUUGAGUGAAGUUAUGAUAUCAGCUCCCAUGAAAAGCAAAGGUGGGUAGCUUGUGUUGUCUGAAUCAUACAAAAUCUUUGAUUGGAUUUUGAUGGAUUCAGGCUUGUAGGGCUUAUCAUAUUUUUUGUGGCACAAUUUAUCAAUAUCUCCAUCAGCCGAUUGUGGACGUUGUCAAUCUAAUUCACAGUCAUAGAAGUUUGUUUUGUGGGAAAAGUCAUAAAGGAUUGUAUUUUGGAAGAUUUUGAAAAGGUCGAGAGGUAAAGUCUGAGACUCCCAACAGGAUGAACCAAUUGGCUACACAGGACUGAUUGAUAGCACAGGACAGAUCAACAAAUUCCAAACAAAGGCUUUCUCCAGGCCUCAGUUGAUUUCAUACUUGGACUUGGAUUUUAUAAUACCACUACAAGGUCCAAUGGUGUAUGUAAAUGCACCCAAUGGAUUAAGCGCAGUUUUUCUGCAUAAACAUGGACAUCUGUACAUGAAGUGCCCUUACAGUAUGGUGUAACUAUAUUGUUUCUCCCCGGUUUUGACAUCUCUACCGGGUUCAAUAGAUGUCAAGUUACACAUUACUUGAAAGUACAUGUAUUCAAUGCUGUGUUAUUUCUGCUCAAGUUCAUUGACCUCACACCACAUAACUACAGAAAUGAACUGACAGAACUUUACAUGUAUUUCCACAUCACUGCAGAAAAAGUGAAACAGAAACAAAAGCUUGAGCACAUAUUGUACGUUGUUCAGGCUGCUCAUAUUCGUAUGUAUGUAGUUGACAAUAGUACAUGACGUGUUGCUGAAUGUACCACCAAUGAGCAA